ACAAUAUAAUAAAUAAUUCAAGUAGCGCGGAACCUGUAGCCCUUGCGGCAUGUAACCAUCUGUCAGUUGACACACAUAAAAUUAAAUAAAUUCGUAUAUAUACAUUCAACUUAAGUAUUCAAAAAAUUUUUCAACCAUAAUACCAAAAUCUCAGGCUACAGAAUCCUCUUAAAAUAUGAUGCAGUUUAUGCUAUUAUUUAGCCGGCAAGGCAAAUUACGGUUACAAAAAUGGUAUGGAGCACAUCCAGAGAAAACAAAGAAAAAAAUAACCAGAGAAUUAAUUACAACCGUUCUAUCUAGAAAACCAAAAAUGUGCAGUUUCAUAGAAUGGAAGGAUAUGAAAAUCGUUUACAAACGGUAUGCAAGUUUAUACUUCUGUUGUUGUAUUGAACACACUGAUAAUGAAUUAAUGACUCUUGAAUUAAUUCACCGCUACGUUGAGCUGUUAGAUAAAUAUUUUGGAAACGUAUGCGAAUUGGAUAUAAUUUUCAAUUUUGAAAAAGCCUAUUUUAUGCUCGACGAACUUAUUCUUGGUGGAGAAAUCCAAGAGACUUCUAAGAAGAACGUUUUGAAGGCAAUAGCCGCUCAAGAUCUAUUGCAAGAGAAUGAUCCAUCUAUUUCAUUCUGUUGUGUUCUAUGA